AUGACGGAUGAGGGUUGGACUCUUGUGACGGUGGUGCUUGGGAAAUGGAUCCUUGCAAUUGUUGGAAGUAGGGUAGUAGGGGUUGAACAUUGGAGGAUGUUGAGCAAAAAGUGGAAUCUACAAUAUAUCCCCUAUGAGAGGGAACUGGUAGCUCGACAUUGGAUGUUGUGCAAAAGAAAAUGCUCUAUUGUGACGGGUAUCGGUCGCCAUAAGGCAGCUAUUGAUGUCGCUACAGUUUCUGUUGUGGAACCUGAAAAGGAAAGGGAGAGAAAGACAGAUAGCGAUAGAACUGCUAAGAUUCUUGGACCUCUGGGUGUGGCCGCCAUGGAUGCUCCAAGAACCUCCUCUCUUUGCGUGAGUAUGGGAUCCUUAGGGCUUGAAAACGACACCGCGGGCCCAAAAACAUACCGUAAUCUCGGACUGAAAGAAACAUACAAGCAAAAUCCAGGAAACCCAAAAGUUCUAUCCCUCCUUUCUUCACUUCUUGAAAGAUCUAUAAUAAAGAACGAGGCCCUUCUCGAGGCAACACAAACCAAAGAUGUUGUUACACCUUUUCAUGGUUCAAGAGCCCCUACACUUAGCAUCAAAGAGUACAUUGAUCGCAUCUUUAAAUACUCAAGCUGCAGCCCUUCAUGUUUUGUUGUUGCACAGGUGUAUAUAGAUCGGUUUAUUCAUUGUGGAAGUGUUAAUUUGACGUCGCUUAGUGUUCAUCGUCUUCUUAUCACCAGUGUCAUGCUUGCUGCAAAGUUCAUUGAUGAUGCAUUCUACAACAACGCGUAUUAUGCUAAAGUGGGAGGAGUGACAACAGCAGAAUUGAACAGAUUGGAAAUGAAAUUCCUAUUUGGUCUUGACUUUCGGCUCCAUGUAAGUGUGAGUACGUUUGGGAAAUAUUGUUCUGAAUUGGAAAAGGAAAAGGAAGUGGUUUCAUGUGAGCUUCAGGUGGAAAGACUGCCACGUGUGAUCCAUGCUGCCUGUGGACUCAAGGAGAACUGGUCCACCACUGAUAAUGACUCUGGUUCUUAUGCAACAGCUGAAAUACGUAUCGUAUAGGUAGAGUUUAGGCUUAGAAAUGGUUUUUUGUUUUGUUUUGUGUGUGUGUUGGUUGUAUUAAAACUGGGGUAGAAGUUAUAGGGAAUAAUUUUUUUGGGAUUCCUAUGCACAUAUUGAAGUGCAAGUUUGGUGUUAUUGUAUUAGAGUGAUGUGAUGUGUGAGUGAAAAACAUACGGGUGGAAAGCCUUGUUUAAAUUUUUUUAAAACUAUUAUUCAAUUUCAUCUGUUUGGGUUUGUC